CUCAAGGGCCAAACAAAAAUCGAUCUCCGGCGCCAUGAGUUUCGAGGUUGAAUGGAAUGGUGCUUUUGAGAAGGUUGUGCUGGUGGAUUCCGCAGCAGCAGCCGAGCGGGUCCUUGCCGCCCUGCAAAUGACCUCCGAGACAAAUCGCUUUUUGGGCUUCGAUACAGAGUGGGGUGCUGAAGGUCAGGUUGCUUUGUUGCAGUUAGCCACGGAAUCCGUGUGCCUGCUCUGUUUGCUGCCCGAGGUGUCCCUGCAAGAUUGUCCAACUUUAAAAGCCAUGCUUGUGGAUCCCAGUUUUAUCAAGGUGGGAGUGGCUGUUGCUUUGGACGCGGACUUGUUGAAGGAGCAGUUCCAGGUUUCUGUGAAAGGUUGCUUGGAUUUAUCCAGGUUGGCUUUCCGGGAAGGACGGGUGGGCGGUUCCCAGCCCAUCGGCCUAGCAGCUUUGAGCCAGCUGCUGUUGGGCUUGGAGUUGUCGAAGGAUCCGGCCAUUCGUCGCUCCAACUGGGGGCUACGCCCCCUGUCCCAGCAGCAGCUGCACUACGCGGCCAGGGAUGCCCUGGCAGGCAGGGAUUGUGCCAAGGCCUUGGCAGCAACUUGCCGACCUCCGGAAAUGGAGGUGCUGGCGUGGUGCCAGGAGUUGUUGGACAUGGGAACCAUGAAGCCCACGAAGAUCAAGAAGGCUCCAAGCCCGGAGGAUUCCGGCGAAGUGCGGGUCAGCAAAGCCACCUUGGAGUGUGGUGCUUACUCCUGUGUCACCAAGUUUGGGUUGCGGCGGAUUGUCGGAAGUGACGGAGAGCAGUUGUUGCACAUGAAGGAUCGAACAGUGGAAGGGCUUUUGCGGCGAGGCAUGGCCUCCAUCUGCCGAGACUCUGGAGAUGAGGUGGUCCAGUUGAACUUUACGCCAACGGAUCACUAUGCCUAUGCCGGCCUGGAUGCUGCUGAGAGGAAUGCGUGUGUGGGUUGUGGUGCUUAUGGUGUUGCCAGAUAUUACAUCAUCCCGCGAGUUUUCUUCGCACAUUUGCCCCAGCAGUGCAAGUCCUACAACUGCCACGAUGUGGUAAUGCUGUGUCCCAAGUGCCGAGCUAUUGCUGAGCCAGCUCAAUUGUCCCUGACCCAGGAUCUGUUGGCUGCGCAUGGCGCCCUUCGUGCUGGAUCCAUGUAUGCCAAUGAGAACUUCCUAAGCUCGCGGCAGAUCGCGGCCAAGAAGGCGGCGAUCACCCUGAAGAAGGGUGGCAGAGGGAAACCCUUCCCAGAGGCCAAGGAGCACGCGCUACGAGAAGCCGUGGCCGGCGGUCUGGGCAUGUCAGCAGCAGAUGUUGCAGAGCUGCACCUCACCAUGGCGGAACAAUUGGGCAGUGGCAGUUUGCCAAGUGAGCGUGUGGUGCAAGCUGCAUCUUCCAGUCCAGAAUCCUUAAAAGGAUUUUUGCGGUCUUGGAGGGAGUGCUUUGUGAAAGCACUUCAGCCCAAAUAUUUGGCUGAAGGUUGGAGCUUGGACACGGGUCUUGAUGGGCGUUUCAUCCCCUCCGUCGCAUCUUCAUUGGAAUGGCCCGGGGAUUGGCGUUGCAACACCUGUGGGGUCCAUUGCUUCGGGCGAAGUGACCACUGCAGAUGCUGCAAAACACCGAAACCCGAUCCCGAGCCGAUGGCGAGCGUUGCAGCUGGUGCCUGAGCUUUGAAAUCUAGGCGGUGCUGGAGGUCUGUCGUGGCGAGAAUUCUGAGGCCAUGCUUGAUAGUUGGUCCGAGGCAGGUCGUGUUGCGAUGCUUUCUGCAGCCAGAGGUGUGCAGGAGAGCAGGUUUGCCCAGGCCAGUAGUACCCUUCAAUGCUUCAACUCUUCCAGCAGAUGCAAGCCAAGCUCUGCAGAUCCACGGGAGUUUGGAGUUUGUGGUCCAGGCAUUGCUGCGAAAGAAAGGCCUCUCACAAUGCACUGAAGUGAGCUCAAUGCCAUGGUCGGAGAUGAUGCUGGAGGUGUGCGCCUCAGUUUCUUGAAGCACUUGUUGAAACUUCGCGUAAAAGAACAUGUGCAGAGGUGUUUGCAAAUGGACUGCUGAGUCACAAUUGGCUUGGCAAACCUUUAGAAUCAAUGCGGUUGGUAUUGCCAUCGAGCCACCUGACCAGCAAUCUCCGCUAGCGAAGGAUCUUGACACCGGAAGGUCCGCUUAGCAAGCUGCUGUGCAGUAGCAGCUGGUGUCGGAGCGUCGUUGUGGCC